GAUGGAUAUGUCCGGUGACGAGGACAUGUUCGCUAUCAGCGACGAGGAAACAUCGUUAUCGACGCAAACCGCGUCGUCGAAUCCUGUCGAAGAGCACCUGUUGAAACAGCUCGCCGAUGUGCAGAAUAGGAUCGACGCUACGUCGAACGAGAUCGAGGAAGUGAAAACGGCCACUGCGCAAAUUUUGAACGCUCUGCAAUGGCGCGCGCUUCAUGGAGAGGAUAUCAAUUCGGAUUGUGAUGGUGAUUUGUACACUGUCGAAGGACAACCUAUCUUGAAGAAGAAAAGACAGCGUGAGAGCAGUAAUGCAGAAAGAAUUGUGGAAAUAAUCUCACAAUGGCAAUGCAUUCUUCAGGAUAAGUGGAUUAUUGGAGUAGAGCUACAAAACGUAUCCUGUUGCUAUGUAAGUUUUCUUUGUAGCACAUUGCUCAACCUCAGAUAUUAUCCAUAUGUACGGGGCAAGAUGGAGAUUUACGGUGAGUCGAUGUUCUGGACACGCUUCUUCCAUUGGGAAAGGAUCAGCUCGAUUCACCCUGGCGCCGUUCAUGUCGUGGCAACGAUGGUGCUCGAUCUACCGACGUUCGAUACAGAGUCCGUCAGCGAGUGUUGGGCCACGAUCUCGUACGAGAUUGGCGAAACGCAAUUUCAGAUUCCAAUACCAGCCGUUCAGCUUACCAUCGACGAGGUGAUCGAUUGCUCGUGCAUGAAGAUUUUAAACGAGAACGAGCGUAAUGCGAUACUAGCAUUGAAAAGUACGUCUAGCACAGAGAAAAUCGUUCACGUUCGUUUGUCGAAGGAUAAUCAAAACGAUGAAGAUGAUUCAUGCGCUUUAUAUGAGCCCAGGAAGAAACAACUCUUUCACUUCUUAACCACGAAGAAUUUUGUCAAAAUUUCUGACGAUGUUUUUUUGGUGAAAGAACAUGGCCCUCUGAUGUAUUGUUUGAUCGAGUUAGAAUGGUUGGGCAAGGUCGAUGAAGUAAAUGUCAGAAUCUUUGCCAGAUCUGUCAACCAGCUGAACAUAAUAUUGCACUUUCUGCGGGCUGUAUUUCCGAGCAUGACUGUUAUGGAAGAGGUCGAUGAUUGCAUUGAGGCAGCGAUGGCUUUAAUACGCGAAUUAGAGAUGAUUCGCGACAAGAAGAGUAUUCUUGACAUACAAGAAGCAAAAGUAAUAACAGACUUACUUAUUCCUUGAGUGCAUUACGUUGUAACUGACAAGAAUACAUAUUUAUCGCUACUUAUAAGAUUAUUUUUUAACAUAUCAUUAUAUAUCAAUAUGUGAUAUAAAUGCGUUAACAUAAUGUAGUAUCAUGUGUAAAUAUCCAUCUGUUCAGUUAGUUCUUCAACUGGAAUGAAAACUGAGCACACAUAAUUAUAUAAUUUU